AUGACUAAAUUAUCAUCAAAAGCAUCAAAAGAUAAAUUUAAAAAUGGUUCCGGUUCUUUAUUUUCUGCAUACUUGGCAAAUAUGAAUAUGCCAUUAGGCACAAUGGCUAAAGGAUCCAAAGCUGAUCGAGAAAAAAUAUCCAAGGUCAAUUUCGAAACUAUAUUUAGUAAAGAUAUACCGAUUCCGGAUAGCAUGACAGCAGAACUUUUAGUAAGAUACAUAGCCACAGAACAUCAAUGGCAUGAUGAUCAAACAAGAUCAGAUAUUUCAAUUUUAAUCAAUAAUCGACUUUCCACUGUCAAAGAUCUUCGGGUACUGUCAAAAGAAAGUUGGAAGCAAUUAGAAUUACUUCCAUUUACCAAAGAUUUACUUCGUGAAGCAAUCAAUCGCGGAAAACUAUCUACUGAGGAAGAAUAUUUAAAAAAGAAAGAUCAUUUAGAAAAGCGAAAAGGAAGACGAUUAUCAAGAGAAACCGUUACUACAUCCAUUUCAAGCACCAUAGAAAUACUUGACAACACUAAUAGGAAUAGCAUCAAAAUUAAUAGAACCGAUACCAAGAAUUUCAAAAAAGAAGUAAUGGAUCCAAUACCACCUUCUUCUAAUGAUGAACUAUCCAACAAUUUAGAAGUAACCAAGUAUCCAAUUCAUUCUUCACCACAAUCGCAAUUACAACGGUCACCAAUUGUACCUCCAAAAGACUUCCAUCACGUUAACUACGAAAACAUCAACAACGACGUUAAAAAUGGUUCGCUGAUUGACACAAAUAAAAAAAUUGCUACAAAAACCACUACAAAAACCACCACUAAAACAAUUACAACUAUAUCAGAUCCGGUAUCCAAAUUAGAGGAUGUUAAACGAUUCAUGCCUGAACCUAAUAAAAUGCUAGUCGGUGAAGAUAGAUUAAAAAUCAGGGCAGACGAUGGAAAAUUUUAUGAAAUUGACAGGUAUUGUCCGCAUGCUGGAUCUGACUUAUUUUCAAGGGGCGCAAUUGUAGGAUCAAAACUUAUUUGCUCGAAACAUCGUUGGAUCUUCUCUUUGGAAGACGGUGGUAACUGUCUAUCUGGUGGUAAAGGAUCCAUUAAUGCAUGUUCAGUCAACAAUUGGUAA